GGUAAUUUCGUGCCCGUGCGUCGGAGGGUCGACCCUCGGAGCAGCGCGGGGAUGCGCGCGAGAGUGUUUGUGCGGCGUGGAUAGGCGAGCCGGCAAUUUCGCGUGUGGCUCUCGAUAUCGAUUCUAGGAGGCCGCCGCCACCGUCGGAGUAAUCGAGCACCCCCUUCGUCGUCCUUCGGUCGGCGAAACGGCCGCUCGUUGACAUCGACGUCGUCGUCGUCGUCGUCGUCUUCGUUGCCGUCGCGCGGAGGGGGGGGGGAGGAUCAAUGAGAGGCAAGAUUGAUCGAUCGAACUCAUCUAUACCUGUUUUGUCUGAUAUGGAAAGGAUCUAUUUAACCUACGAUCUGCGAUUAAUCGCGCCGGGGAAGAUGCGGAUUGUAUCGGGAUAGAAACACAUUGCAAUACACAAUUAUUAUAUUUUCCGGGGCACCGAAAUCUCUCGGUUAAGCCCUGGCAGUCAUCAAUGAAGAGCUGGACAUGAAUUGGACAUCCGAGCGGUCAUCACUGGGAUUAUUAAUCAUCCUUCUUCUGAGAUGCGGUAUCACAAGAUCGAUAACAGACGCGAAGGAGCCGAUACUAUUAAAAGUUGUUGCUCCUCCGUCCCAUACGGCUUUGUCCGGCGACGUUACCGUUUUUAUCCUGGACUUGGCGGAAACGGAAUCUUUUACGGUAUCUACAAGCACCGUGUCUACAAACGACGUAAAGAAAGACGAGAAAGCAAAAAUCGAUCCGAAGAGAGACGGAGUUAGCGCGGGUCACGAACCGCUCGUGCUUAGAGUACUGUAUGUCGAUGGCCUCAUGUCGGAAUUAAUCGGUGAUUUCCCUUUGAAUAUCUUGCCGCAUAAGGGUGAGAAUAUUUCUGUGAUAAUACCUUGUGGUGUCUUCUCUCGUGGCGGAAUUUAUACACUACGACUUCAGUACAAGUUCUCAACCGUGGCUACCAGACACAACACUGCCAUUGCUGGACUGCCCGAAAUUGAGAUGAGCAGUGCCUUAGACGUAAAGUGGCCAACACCUUCUCUGCUUCUGGAAUCCCAACACUUCGGUACAUAUCCUAGUCAGCCAGUAAUAGCUACCAUAAAGUACAACGGUAUUUCGUGUGUACCUGCCAACGGUGUUCCGGUGGCGGCUUAUAUUUUGCAACUUAUAUAUUGCGGCACCACCGCGGCGGCUUGCGAUCCACAGAACAACGGUCGCAUGCAAGUGCUCUAUUACGAGGAAAUAAAUGGCUUCACCUCGCCGAAAAUCGUCAAAUUGAAAUGUGAAUUUUUCGGACUGGCCGGAAAUUAUGCGCUCAGAUUAAAGGCCUCGGACGUCAAUCCAUCCGCGCCGACGAUCAGCGCGUACAUUAAGGUUGAAUGGUCGGACGAGUUUAGCUUCAACGUUCACGCGAGAUCGAUCUAUCCUUGCGAGGGAUCGGCGGGCAUAUCGGUCCUCUUUCAGUACCCCGCUUGCCGUCUUCAGGGCGAUCGCGUGCGCGUCUACGGCCGUCUCCGGGCGGACGUGAGUUCCCUGGCGCCGCCGUCCGCGUUGCACUACGUGGCGGAAUUGAAGGCGGCGCCCGGCAAGCACUCCCUGAAUUUCGAUUGCGAUAUCUUCACCGAGAAGUUCAUCGAGUACUGCUUCGUUUACGUGAGCCAGGCGAUCACCGGCGCGAUGGCGGAAGUGAAGCUCGCGUGUAUACCGACCUACCCGCUUCUGGAAAACGACGCGGCGGGUUGGGGUCCUUGGAGCGCGUGGAGCCCUUGCAGCAGCUCCUGCGUGGGCGGCGUUCGCAAUCGAUAUCGAUUUUGCGACACGCCACCCCCGAAAUACGGAGCGAAAUUUUGUCAGGGACGGGCGGUCGAGACAGAAUCCUGCGGCGGCACCGGCAGGAUCGAUUUCCAGGAGGCGUGGAACACCGAGGGAUGGGAGUGCCGGCACGGCACGACAUUAGCGGCCGCGAGACCGGAAGUCACGGCUCAGAUCGGUGCACAGUGUCGAUGUGGUUGCAUGAUCAAUUUUGGAGAUAAAACCUUGAAUAAGAUAUUGGCGGCAAAUACUCAAGCCUGUCCCGGUCGUUCCUUCUGGCUGCUGCAGGCAAAAUUGGAUUACGUGAUCCGACUGCAUUUGGAUCAAACGCAGUUUCCCUGCCCGGGGCAAUAUUUCCGCGCUCGCGACGGCGACUCGCUGAGCGCGGAACUCUUGACGGACAUCGCGUUCGACAAGGGCGCACCAGCGACAGGAACGAUAUUUUCCUCGGGUCAAAGUCUGCUGCUUGAAUUCUUUAGCGACGAGCACACCGCUUCGGGGGAUUCCUGCGUGGGUGGAUUCUUGGGACACGCGAGCGCGUUCCAAAAACUGUAUGAGAAUAAAACGUCGACUCUGCUCCCUUCAGAAACGAAUUCUACUCUCACUGUUGAGCAAUGGAUCUUUUGGGGACCCGCGCAUUUGGCGACAGCAUCUCUUUUGAUACUCAUAUUCUUUAUAUCUAUUUUUCUAGUAUUGCAAUUUGCAUUAAAAUAUAGGAAAUAUCAUAUCGCGGAGGAUUUGGAUACUUUGAGCGAAAAUUCUGGAUGUAGCGAUAUGAUGAUGGGCCGAGCAAAAUCAAUGUCUUCUACGACGCUAAUUUCGGAAGUCGCGUCUCUAGUGGGACUGCCAAAGAAAUGCACACCAAGACUGUCGAAACGCAAAUUAGCACCUUGCGCGGUAGAGGAUGGUUACGAUAGUUCGGAGACUUUAGCAGAAUACGAAGACGAAACCAGCUUGAGCUCGAAUACUUUGAAAUUGCGAGAUAAUGAAGAAAGCUGUAUGGAAAGGAGUGUGAUACCGAAUAAAUUGCACACCGAUGAACCACCGGCGACAGUAUCGACGAUUAUGGCAAUUGGUCAGCCGGAAGUAAAAUACGCCCAACCAGUCAAAUUACGUACUCUAGGAUCUGUCAGUCCCACGGACAAGUCGGGCAACACGUCGAGAUGUCCAAGUACAACCGAAAGCCCGCAUAUUGCAAGACUUCAUCGUUACACGUCUAAUACUUUGCAGUCUAGGGAUUCGUCGGCGAGCAGCCCAAUGUCGGGCGUGUCCACGUUACGCAGCGGCAAGGAGACGAAGGACCGUCGAAAUCGCGAGCGAUUGCUGCAAGGACCGGGGUCCUCGGAGUUCAGCCUGACAAAUCCGGAGACGGAUAUGGAGAUCGAUUAUUACGAUUACAACGUCGCGAACGCCGGCGCCGUGCCGGGUUCGUAUCUAGGUAUGGAUCCAGCUUUUCUCCUAUGGAUACCCCCGUUGUCGAUGUCCGAAGAUUCUCAAGGUCCGUCUGCGGAUCGCCCGGAUUAUUUUCAAGGCGCGUCGACGAGCUCGGCGCUGUACCGACUGCCGGAGAGCACGGAGGGCGCGACCCUGACCCCGGCCGAGUAUCGGCGUAUGCGACAUCAGAUCGCAUCCGGGAUCGAGGAGACUAGACCGAGCCUCGAGCAGCAACGCCAGGAUUCGACGUCCUCGUCGUCGCCGACGAAGAACGAUUCAUCGUCGGGCGCUAGCGUUCUGUCCGAGGACAGCAUCAGCGAGAGCAGCAGGACCGCCAGGCUGAACGAACGGCUGUUGCCGAUCCAUCGGAUCCUGGAGGACUCCAGGACUCGGGUCAGCGAGGAGUCUCUGUGCGGUCAGCUCAACGGCGCGAGCGACAGGACGCAGGGCGCCAUCCUCAAUCACCUUUACGGCGCUAAAUCCGAUCUCCCCCAGGAACAGAACGCUCCGAGAAGCGGUCGGCAGGACAGCCCUGUGAAUAUCGUCAGCAGCGUUGUGACGAAGUCGGAGGAUAAAUCAGAGAAAUCGAGGCAGACCCCCAAGAGGCAUCCCGAAGAUGCGAUACCUCAUCACGGUACCUCGAGGACCUACGCGAAUCAACGGGCGAAGGAUAUCUCUCAGGAGGACAAGAAGAAUCGCGGCCUCAAAUCCGAGAACACGUCCAAGUCCUCCGGCAAAUCGAGGACUCAGGGAUACACGGACGGCAAGGACAGGAGUCUCCCGAGUGCCAAGGACGAGCCCAAAUCGGACAUCCUUCUGACAAAUCUGAAUGUAACCAGCGGCAAGUACCGAGACUUCACGCAAUUCACGCAACCACGGGAGACCAAUAAGCUCUCGGACUGUACCAAUAUCCCGAUGAUUGAGUUCUCGGGGCCGCGAUUAAACUCGCCGGCGGCGGCACGUAAACUGACGACGGACAACCUGAACAUUAGCCUGUUCAAGAAGGAGAUUCAGAGCCCCGAUUACGGGGUCGAGACCGACAUAAAGACUGAAUCACGCGACUCCUUCUACGACCUAAUCCGCGAGAACGAGGACGGCAUCAAGUUCGCGGACGACGACGACGAGUAUAUCGAUAACAGAGCGAAUCUGUGAAAUCUAUAUUGUAAUUGCUACCUAUGGAGCGCAAUAAAGAUUAUUACUAUUUUA